ACGUCACUUCACAAAGCUGCUGCUGAUGCUUUAGUGGCGCAGAAACUACCAUCGGAGGCACACAUUGUAACUUGCUGCUCAAAGAUGCUGCUCCGGACUUUUUUGACGUGCCUUUUGGUGUCCCAGUCUGUUAGUGGGCUGCCGAAAUUGGCCUCCGUUCAGGCUGCGGCGGCGCGGUCGUCCAGUGACGCUGCCGUCUCGGGACCGAUUGACGACCUGCUGAUUGCCCUGCUGGAGCAGCUGAGGAGCCUCCUUCCCGAGCCGCUGCCGCUGGGAGACCUGGCCAUCGACGUCGACUCACCGUCCACGAUCAUCCACGCCAACAUCACUGAUGCCGUUCUGCACAACCUCUCGACGUUCAUCAUCGACAACGUGCACGUGAACAUGUUCACCCUGAAGGCUGCCGUCGCCCUGAGCCUGCCGACGCUGAGCCUGGACUGCAACUACUACAUCGACAGCAGGAGCGUGCUCGCCGAGCUGUUCCCGCUCUACGGAGGAGGCCCUUGCAGCGUGGCUCUGGGAAAUUUGGCGGCCGCCGUCGACGCUGACCUGAAACACAACCGAUCCGAUGGUAGCGACCACUACCAGAUCGAGGCGCUCGACUUCAAUCUGCACUUUGACACUCUGGACAUCCAGAUCCACAACCUGUUCGACAACGACGAGCUGGCCACUGUGAUUGACGAGUUUGCCGACGACUUUGGCCCGCUGCUGGUGGAUAUUUUGGUCAACGACACCCGUCGCGACCUGCUGCCGACCAUCAUUGACGAGCUGAACGACCUGCUCUGGAACGCGUCGCUGCCCCUUGCCGAGACUCCGGCCGUCAAACACUUCCAACGCUGGACCAGGACGGCCCCGUCGACAAAGUUGGUCAAGCUGACCAGCUCCGCCAACGCCAACUCCUUCUUCGACAACAUCAUCCCGAACCUGCAGACGUUCAUCGUCGCCAACAGCCUGGACCCGAUGCCGCUGCCGGAGAUGGAUGCUGAAGUCCUGGGAAAUACCGGCGUGAAGCUGUAUAACGGCUUUGUGAACGGCCUGUCGUCUGUUCACCGCACGGCCGACGCCCACCUGGUCUACGACGAGGUCGAGUGGCUGUCAGUGGACGGCGGACUCGGAUUCGACGAGCUGGUGGCCGGCUACAGCCUCAAGAUCGAGGUGUUCGGCAUCGGACCGCACGUCUCGGCCGAGAUCCAUCUAACCGGGACGAAGGCCGAGUUCCAGGCGCAGAUCUCCUCCCAGGACCUGGCUAUCGAGCUGGGAAAGCUGCGAGUCUCCGACAUCGGGAGUAUCAGGGUGAUCAUCCACGGUCUGAGCCUGUUCGGGUGGCUGAUUGACCCCAUCAUCGACCUCAUCAUCAACCUGUUCCGGGGCCCGAUCGCCGACGCCAUAUCGGACGCCAUGUUCAGUGCCGUCAACGACAUGCUCUCAGAAAUCGACCUCCUGGCCAUGCUGGAAAACCUUUAAAUGAUGACGGGAUGGUGGAAACGUGGUGAAUCAUGUAAUGAUUCCGACAAUAAGUGCCGUACAUUUAUGAUCAUAUGUAUGAUUUGUCUAGUUAUCCAGUAUUCAUGCUUGCCAAGAUACGUUGUCCUGGAAAUGAAAUACAUUGAUAUUUGGUGUAAUAAA